GAGUUCAGAUUCAGACCGAUUAUCGUCUCCGGUGUCUUUCCUUCCCGAAAAUGGCACUGCUCGGCGACGACGGACGCGGCUUCGAGCUAGCCCGGAAACUUGAAGCCUGCGGCGUCUGGCGCCCCUGGCUCGGCGACUCCAUCUACAACAGCUUCGUCCCUCUCCUCUCCUCACCUGCUUCAUGGGAGUCCUUUAUGCGAGUCGACGACUCCAAGUCUAGGGCUCAGAUCCAACUCCAGCUCCGAGUUCGCGCUCUCUUGUUCGACAAAGCCACCGUCUCUCUCUUCCUCAGAUCCAAUUGCACUAAUUCAUCGCUUGCCGUUUCAAAACUCAAUCCGAGCUAUUUGCAGUUGCACGGCGACGAUAUCUACUUCACUUUAGACGGAACGUCACAGGAUGCAGGUGUUGCAUCCAGCACAGCGAAGAAUCAGUCUAAAUCGAGUUUUAGUGCUGGAACAAGAUACUGUGGGUCUGAAUUUGAUAGUUUAUCCCACAGAUUUGGAAAUGAGGAGCUGCCGGAAACUUGGUAUAAUCAGUUUAUGGAGAAGUAUAGGCUUAGGAGACCUUAUAAGUUGUCUUUUGGGGAUCGAGAGUUUGAAAAACGUACCCCUGAGGAGAUGUCUGCAUAUAUUAGAGUUGUUGAGAAGCAUAAGAGAAGGCUUGUAGCAUUUCCAGAGAAUACAUCAAACAUGCAUCUGAAUUCUGUAUCCGCAGGCAAUAGCUUAGCUGAUGAUGAUGUGCUCUUUUUCCCUGAGACAAUGUCUAUGAUGAACUGUGUGCCUGAUAGUGCACUGCCGCCAAUAAAUAGAGGACAAGAUAGCCUGAAAGUUGAGUUCCAUGGAGUGCUUGACACCCUACCACCAGUUACAACGAGGAGUCCUGUUAUGAUUGAGAGGCUUGGUAUAAGACCUGAGUACCUGGGCAUGGAACGAGGAGGAAACGUACAUCGUGGGAAAAAUAGAAGGCUCCUAGGUCAGGAGCAUGCAUCUCAAUCAUCUCGCAAGGUCAUAGCUCGCAUGCUGGUUGGUAUUGGAUUUGAAGGUGCCACUGAAGUUCCAUUGGAAGUAUUCUCUCAGUUGUUCAGCUGUCACAUUUGUAAACUGGGUCAUAACUUGAAAGUUCUUGCUGAUAGUUACAGAAAGCAGUGCUCAGCCAUUGAACUGAUAAAAAUGUUCCUUCAUACAGCAGGAUAUAGUAAUUUUGGGCCUUUAGCGGAGCUUGUCAAGGACAGUACCCAGAACGUAGUGCAACAAACUCAGCAGCAACUACACAGUAUGCAGUCACAGUUGCAGUCACAGCAACAGGGUUCUCUUCGAAUGGCUCAGCAAAUCCCAAGACAGAUGCAUCCACAGAUGCAGCCGAUGGUUAAUCCACAAAAUUUGGUUUUUCAACAGCAGCAGCAGCAGUUGCAGUUGCGUAGGCGCCAGGCAGCCACUCCUCGCCCGGAUAUGGAUAAGGAGCGACUGCUGGUGCAAGUUAAGAUUGAACAGCCAUCAGAUCUGCCAUUAGAAGGCAAUGCCUUUAACCCUAUGAGUAUCAAACACCCACCGAUGCAGUUACGGCACCAGCAAUUCUCUGCAGUGUCAAAUCUGCAACCUCAAUCCAGCAAUCAGUUUAGGCAGCUGGUGUCUCCGCAAAUUUCUCAGAUGCGAUCACCAAAUAUGGGCAUGGGCAUUGUUAGGGCUCCACCAGUGAAGGUUGAAGGUUUUCAGGAAUUGAUGGGUGGGGAUGCUACCUUAAAGCAUGAUUCAGAGGAAAAUAGGCUGACUUCCCCACCAAGGAAGUAAUUGGAUUGCAAGUAUUUAUUCCUGAGCAACUCUUAAGCAAAAGGUGAAGGAAUUGUUGCCUCUAACAACUACAAAUUCAUUGGCAAGGUUUUUUAUCUGCACAGGUUAUUUUGACCUUUGUUUGCUUCACUGUAAUACUUGCUGUUUCCAGAUGUUAGAAAGAUGAUAUGUGGUAUUUUUGUAUGGAUUGCUGAUUUAAAAUCAUGCAUGUAAUAUGUAUAGUCUGAUUGCAAGGAAAAGCUUUUGCUCAAGGAAUGUAAUAAUUAAUUUCACCAACUUGAAAAUCAAAUGUAGUUAAUUUU